GAUGAAUUCGAACGCAAAAUCCGUGAUUUCGAGGAUCAACUUGUCGAACAUAAUCGUGAGAUUCAGCAACGAGAAACAGAAAUUGCAGAAUUAAAGCAUAAACAUCAAGUAGAGAUUGACCAACUUAGAGCAGAAAUAUCUCAUCUUCUUGACAAGUAUCAAAAUGAUCUGGAUGAUGAGAAAGACCAGUACAAUAAGAAUUUGGAAUCAGUUAAACUUGUGGAAGAUGAACUCCGUAAUCGAUUAACUGAUGCUGAGAAAAAACUUGCUGAAGCGCGGAAUCGUGAAAAUCAGUUAGAACGCCAUAAUUUGGAACUAAAAGGCAACUAUGACCAAGUAUUAGCGCAAGUUCAAAAGCUUAAAGAUGACUUGGAUGAUGCUCGACAAGAUGCUCAAAAUGAAAUACAGAAGUGGAAAACUGAUGCAUAUGAAGUACAGUCUCAAAUGAAAACAGUUGAAACCGAAAAUAAUGCGCUAAAAGCGCAACUUAUGGCUGUUAAUGAACGAGCUGAAUCACUUAACAAAAUUGUUAACGAACAGAAUGCAAAAAUACGAGACCGCAAGUUUUUUUUUUACAUUCAUGUGAACAUGCAAGUGAGACGUCUCGAGGAAGAAAUAUCAGAUCUGAAAUCUACAGCAUUGACUCGUGAGUCAGAUGUAGAAAGUGCAUUAGGUCGGCUGCGUUCUGUUGAGGAACAGUUUGCUGCGUUACAAAGUGAACACAGCAAAACUUGCAAUGAACUUGAUGUUUUGCAACGAGAAUAUGAUCUUCUUAGAAGUACAAAUACUAAUCAAGAAUCUGAGCUUGAGCGUCUCAAAAGGAAAAUUCAGCAGUGUGAGGUUGUAGUUAAAGAGCAAAAAAACGUUUUGGAUCAUCAGAAAGCAGAACGAGAACGAUUACAAAAUGCUUAUCGAGAAAAAAUAAAACAAUUGGAUCACUUUACGCAGCUGGUACAAUCAUUUGACACUAAAAUGAAGAAAAUGCGUCAAGAUCUUCGAGAUACCUCAGAUAAAUUUAUUGCGGCGGAUACUGAGCGUAAUGCGUUGCAUUCCGAAGUAACAAAAUUGCAACAUGAGCUGCAAUUUGGGAAGGAUCAGAUGGUACGAAAAACAGAUGAAUAUCAGUCAUCGCUAGAAGACUUAGCUAAUGCGCAUCGGGUGGCGGAAGAUGGUCGACUCAACGCUUUGCAAGAGCUGGAAUCUAGAAAAUACGAAAUGGCUGAUCUAAAAUCUCGGCUUGAAAACACAGAGCAACGAUUGACGUCAUUACAACAGGAUUAUAAUAAAAUUGAAAACGAAAGAGAUAUCAUGGCUGAUUCUCUUAGGCGCUUCUAUUUUGUCACGACGCAUGCAGCAACACUGCACCGAAUAAAGGCUGGUGUUGAUCAUGAUCAAACGACUGAUAAGGAAAUAAUUCGUUCAGUGCCGUUUCCUUCAGUUGAUUUCACAAGUGGAGGACGAGGUGGAGCGGCGACAAUCAAUAUCGGUGAAACACUUGAUAUUAAUCAGCUUGAAAAUACUCUUCAAACAUUGAUCGGUCGUAUCGAAAAACUUGAGUGUGAACGUAAUGAGUACCGGGAGGCUCUUGAUCGUCUAAAGAAAAAGACAAGUGAUACUCACACUACAAUUCACAAACGGGAAACUCAUUACAAAACAAUCGAAGAAAAUAUGACUGAAAUGGAAGAAGAAAAACGUGUGCUAGAAGUCCGCCUGACAUCAGCUAAGCAUCUUCUGCGUUCUCAAGAGGAAGCACUUAAGCAACGUGAUGAGGAACGACGUCAGCUGAAAGCUAAAAUGGUAGCAUUCGAUUUGGAAGCACGUGGAAAGGAUGCACAGCUACGGCAUCUCAAUGAACAGAUAAAGAAUUUGCGUAAUGACUUGGAAACUGCUCAGGCUGAUUUACGAAUUUUACGAGAACAUGAAGAACGGUGGGAUACCAACCGAUUCCAGCUUGAAAGUAAACUGCGCGAUAAAGAAAGUGAGACUCAACGACUUACGUUAUUGCAAUCUAAUCUUGAGAGUGAAAAACAGAUACUGGAUGAGAAAGUAAAAGAAUUAUCUGGACAGCUACAACUGAGUGAAAUAAAGUGUACAGACAUGAAAGAGGAUAUUGAAAGACUGAAGAGAGAACUCUCGAAGGCUGAAACCAUUGAAAUCGAGCUCCGUAAAACAUCCGACUUCCAAUUAAAAACAAUCAAUGAAUAUCAGAUUCUGAGAGAUCAGGUAACGGGAGUGCAAAACGAUUUGAUAAAUGCCAAUAAUCAAAAGCAGCAACUUGAGCAUGAAUUAGUGACUGUAAGGGGUGAACUUCGUGACUACAAGCAACACUUGCAUGAAUCAGCCAGCCGAGUAUCUGACCUACAGCGUCAGUUACAAGAUGCUUUUGCAGAGAAGAAUCGUCUUGAAGAAAGAGUUUUGACUUUUGAAAAGACAAUAUCAUCACAACGUUCAACGGAAGAUGAUCUAAGAAAACAAAUAGAGGCUUGUAAGAGUGAACGGCAUACUUUAAAACGUGAGUUUGAUGAAGUGCAAAGAAGACUGGGACAAUGGGAAAAUGAAAAACGAAUCAUGGUCGGUCAGCUUGAUAAUAUCAAACGUGAACGAGCUGCUCUCACUAAGAAAAUAGAAAUGUUGGAAAAUGAGAAACGUCGCACUGAUAUAGCUAUUCGAGAGACUGCUUUACAGCGUGAAGCUAUCGAAAAAUCACUGAAUGCCAUGGAGAGAGAAAAUAAGGAACUUUAUAAAAAUUGCGCGCAGUUGCAAAAGCAAAUUGCUCAACUUGAGCUUGAAAAUGGAAACCGAAUCAUGGAGAUUAGCAAUAAGCAACGUGAGGAACAGGAUAAACAAAUGCUUCGAAUGAGGAAUGAAAAAAUUCAAAUUGAGCGAAUAAUUGAAAACCGUGAGCGUACGCAGCAAAAUCGCAUCAAGCAAUUAGAGAAUCAGCUUACUAUUAUGAGAGAACAACUAGAUAAUGAGAGAAGACGUCGACGUGAUUAUGUUGAUAGAUGUUUAGCCGGUGAUAUCGGAAGACUUGGUGGUGGUUAUCUUGGGUUAAGAAAUGGCUUUCACAGUGCUGGAAUACUACCCCAUUUGGGAGAAGAUUAUUUGACUGGAACCACAAGAUUUAUACGAUCAACUUUUGUUUCUAACCCGCUUACUCCGCCUCUUGGAGCUUCUACGCCAACACAAUAUCAAGAUGUUAUGCAUCGAGAAUCACAUAUUUCAAAUUCAUCACAUCAUUCGUUAUUGGUGGAGAGUGAUAUGAUCGAUGGGAGCAAAGUUGAAAUUCUGGCACCUUCUCAAGAAAUUGAAGAAAAACAACCAAAAACAGUGAUCGUAAUGAAAGCCAGUAAAUUGAAAAAUAACAUCACUAGUAAAGUCGGUUUACAUAGAGAUCAUUAA